AUGAUCAAGGAGUUCAAAGAAGAUAUGAUGAAUACGUUCAAGAUGAGUGAUCUCAGAUUAAUGCACUACUUUCUUGGCAUCGAGAUCAAUCAAGAAGAAGAAGUUAUCUUUAUAUCACAGAAAAAGUAUAUAGAGAAUCUACUGAAGAAGUUUAAGAUGGAAGGAUGCAAGACGGUCACUACACCACUUGUUACAAACAAGAGGUUCAAGAAACAAGAUGGUUUAAUGAAGGCUGAUGCCUCAAUCUACAAAAGCCUUAUUGGGAGUUUACUCUAUAUCAUAGCUACGCGGUCAGACAUUAUGUAUGCAACAAGUUUACUCUCGAGUUUCAUGCAAAUCCCAAGUCAAGUUCACUAUGGAGUAGCAAAAAGGAUACUAAGAUACAUGCAGGGCACAAAAGAAUACAGCAUUUGGUACAAAUCCACUACUAACUCAAGAUUGAUCGGCUAUACUGACAGUGAUUGGGCGGGAUCAGUGGAUGACAUGAAGAGUACCUCAAGCUAUGCUUCUCACAAGGAUCUGGAAUAUUCUCUUGGGUAUCAAAGAAGCAAGACACAUUAG